ACGGCAGCCCCACUGAGAGAAUCUGUAGUAAGCCAGGUUGCCUCAGCAAAUCUUUUAAUUGCUGUUAUGAGGAGUUUUAGUAGAGGAACCAUUGCAGUUCCCUUUGUGCUGGGAGUUAUUUUUAUGGUCAUUUACUUCUAUCGGUACAGUGCUGACUUUACAAACUACAAUUUCUUCAGCCGCCCAGUGACUGACGUCUUUAACAAUGACAAUCAAUCAGAAACUGUCACCAAAUUACACACACAGGAAGUUUUAGUUCCAAAAUGUGAAGCAAACAUGUCGGUUGCUGACAUAAAAGACUUCAGCUCUCUUCCUGAUGCUCUAAAAAAUUUCUUGUACUACCGCCACUGCCGUACUUUUCCCCUGUUGCUAGACCUGCCAGACAAGUGUGGAAGAGAUAACAGGUACAAAGAAGUCUUCCUUCUACUUGUCAUCAAAAGCUCUCCUUUGAAUUAUGACCGUCGGGAAGUACUACGUAAAACCUGGGCCAAAGAGAGGCUCCAUAAAGGUAUGUGGAUUCGUCGGAUAUUCAUCUUAGGAACAUCAGGUACUGGUAACGAGAAGAAAAAGCUAAACAGAUUACUGACAGAGGAACAAAAGGACUUCAAUGACAUCCUCCAGUGGGAUUUCAAUGACAUGUUUUACAACCUCACACUGAAACAAAUGCUAUUUUACGGGUGGAUGGAGAGAAACUGUCCAAAUGCUCGCUUCCUGCUUAACGGCGACGACGAUGUGUUUGCCCACACUGACAACAUGAUGGAAUAUCUCCGAAACCUCCCUGACAAUGAUGGAAGCAAGCACCUUUUCACUGGCUACGUGUUUCUGGACGGAAAGGUCGUCAGGUGGUCGGGAAGCAAAUAUUUCAUUCCAGUCCAGAUUCAGGAGUCAAACACAUACCUACCUUACUGUGGAGGAGGGGGAUACCUUCUGUCCGGCUACACGGCUAUGGUGAUAUACAGGAUGUCACAGUCCAUACCCAUCCACCCCAUCGAUGAUGCUUACAUGGGGAUGUGUCUGUCCAAAGCAGGACUUUCACCUUCUUCUCACAGCGGUGUGAAAACAUUAGGGAUAAAUAUACCAUCUGAAGGACCAGACAAUCUUGAAGCUUGCUAUUUGAGAGAUCUUCUAUUAGUACACAGAUUUCUACCAGCUGAUAUGUAUCUAAUGUGGAAAGAAGUUCAUGAUCCACAUUUGAAAUGUGACCCCUGAAAGAAACACAGACAAGGACUCCAGUCUGUUGGAUAAAUGGACUGUAGCUUAACAAUGCCAAAAAAUGGCUGGAUUUUUUUUUAAGCAUUUGGGCUCUUUUCAGAAGUUUGAAGGUUAUUUUAAAAAGGUUAUUUUAAUCAUUUAAAGGUGAAUUCAUUGAACUCAAAUUCUAAUUUAUUAUAUAUGGGUGUGUGUGUGGCUACAGGUUUAUAAGAAGAAAGACAAUCUCUAUUUUAAUAACUCAAGAUAAGCUAAAGAAAGAAGACAGAAGACCAGGGAACACUAGACAUGACUUGUAUUCAUGUUUGAAACUGUGAUUUUGAAAAUAAUAUUUGAAAAAAAUAUGACUGAUUUUACCAUCAGUCAUAUUGUGAAAGUAAUACAAAAUUUUGUUAAAAUGUGGAUAAAUGAGGAUAAGUUUGUGCAAACGGACAAUGUGGCUAACCCACAAGUGGCUUGUGGAAGGGUGUUAUUUAAGCUCUUCAUAAUUACAUGUGAAGUACAAGGAAAAGAAACCAUGUUGAGGGUAAAGUGCCUCUAAGCUAUAGGUUAGCUUGGUGCUGUAUAGGGUUUGUUGUUAUUUUCCAUCUAUUCAUCCAUUUUCUUCCGCUUAUCCGGGGUCGGGUCACAUGGGUAGCAGCUUAAGAAGGGAGGCCCAGACUUCCCUCUCCCCAGCCACUUGUUCCAGCUUUUCCGGGGGAAUCCCAAGGCAUUCCCAGGCCAGCAGAGAAACAUAGUCUCUCCAACGUGUCGUGGGUCUUCCCGGGGGGUCUGAAGACCCAGGGACCAUUAUCUUUAGCGGCCUAAAGAUAAUGAAGUAGGAAAUUUGGUCAUUUUUAACUCUUUUCUUUUAACUAAGGUCUGAUUUGUUAACUUAUUGGAAAACGGGGUGAUAUUGAUCAGUUUUUCUAAUUUAUCAGAAUAUGCUUCUCACAAGGCCUAUUCCUUUAUGUUAACUUGUGACUUUGUUGCUUAACAGAUCAUUUGCAUGGUCAUGAGGAGAUGUUACACGUAAAACAAUUCAUUUUAAUAUGAAGUUACAACUAGAUCAUUUUCUUUAUUGCAAUGCCUACAUUUUUAUUUUAUAUUAUUUAAAACUAUCAGUUAAUUCAG